AUGACGGUACUACGCAGCACAGCCUCGGCUACUAGGCUCGUACACACCGAAUCUCUCGCACUACCAUCGCUUAGAUAUGUACUUCUCCCGAACAUACAUAGCCUCUUAGCUACAUUAGUCCACCUUUUACUUCGUCAUCUGACCUCAGUUCAUCUACAAUUCGUAAAGGAACAAAGGGUCGCAGCAAACUUAUUAGCAAAGCUUGAGAAGUUGAACCCCGUGAAGUUAGAGUGCGCUCAGUUCACACGCGAACGUAGAGCACUUGAUCCAACAGAGAACUUCAUCACAACGUUAGAGGACAUUGAGUAG